AAUAUUUAUUUUAUAAUGAUCCUGAAGUACAAGAUGUCAAACCCAUUGAUUACCUCACUCAUUCAGAAAUCUAUGACGACUCAUUACGAAAGUCUCUUCAUAUCUUCCACAAAGCUAUGGAACUGGCUGAUCCUCAAGAAAUAUUAUCAAUAGCUGAUGCAAUUUUGCAAGAGGCUUCUCCAUUGACUGUACAUUUUGUCAUGUUUAUACCUGCUCUAAUGGGAUUGGCAACUGAAGAACAGCAAGCAAAAUGGCUUCCAGAUGCACUGGAAAUGAAAAUAAUUGGCUCAUAUGCUCAGACUGAACUUGGUCAUGGUACAUUCCUUCGGGGGCUAGAGACAACAGCAACCUACGAUCCACAUACAGAAGAAUUUGUCAUCAAUUCACCUACUCUGUCAUCUGUUAAAUGGUGGCCCGGCAGUUUGGGAAAAACAGCCAACUUUGCCAUUGUAUUAGCUCAGCUUCACACAAAAGGUAAAAAUUAUGGACUUCAUCCAUUCAUGGUGCAGAUUCGGAGCAGGGAUAAUCAUCAACCAUUGCGAGGAAUUACAGUGGGAGAAAUAGGACCUAAAGUUGGUUUCAGAGCUUCUGACAAUGGAUUCCUAAAAUUAGAUAAUGUUCGAAUUCCUAGAGAGAAUAUGCUGAUGAAAAAUGCUCAGGUCACAGUGGAUGGAGAAUAUGUAAAACCAAAAAGCGAUAAACUGAAUUAUGGGACCAUGGUUUUUGUACGAGUCCUUAUUCUGGACAUGGUAGCCUACAAUGUUGCAAGAGCUGCUACAAUUGCUAUUCGUUACAGUGCAGUUCGCAGACAAGCACAGAUUCUGCCCAAUGAACCUGAAGUUCAAAUUUUAGAUUACCAAGCCCAACAAUAUAAACUUUUACCCAUGAUUGCGUUCAGCCAUGCUUGCAAAGCAACUUUUAUUUCGCUGAUGGAUACGUAUAAAAUUGCUACUCAAGAUAUGGAGAAAGGAGAUUUAGCCACAUUACCAGAACUUCACGCAACAUCAUCUGGCCUUAAAGCGUUAUGUACAGAUGUUGGAAGCGCAUCCAUUGAAGUGUGUCGUCGUGCAUGUGGGGGCCACGGCUAUUUGAUGAUAAGUGGCAUACAUCGACUGUAUGCCACUACAGUGGCUGCUUGUACUUACGAAGGGGAAAAUACAGUACUAUACCUGCAGACAGCAAGAUAUUUACAUAAGGUUUUGAAAGGACAGCAACCAGUUACAAGAAACUCUAUAUUUGGAUACAUUUUAGAUGGAAAUAAAAUGGCACCAAAGACAUUGAGUGACCCUCCGACCUUAGAUGAAUUGGUUGCUUGCUACUGUGCAGCUGCCCAAAAGAUGGUUUUUAAAGCAGCUGCAAGAGUGCAGCACUUUGUUGAUGGUGGAAAAGUUCAGGAAAUUGCUUGGAAUCUCAGCCAUGUGGACCUCAUAUCUUGUGCAAAAGCACAUGUUCAGUACUAUAUUGCGCAAAAAUAUGUGAAUUGGGUGAAAAAGAGCACAGUAUCAAAGAAUUUAAAGGAUGUUCUUGUACAACUGUGCUACCUCCACCUUUUGAAGAACAUAUGCGAACAGCCUGGGUUAUUUAUGAUGGUUGGUCUCAAAGAAGAGCAAUUGAACAAAAUGAAUGACUACAUGUUAGAGAUGCUGACUCUGCUUCGACCCAAUGCAGUGGCUUUAGUGGAUGCUUUUGAUUUCCACGACAUGGUGCUUAGCAGUGCUCUAGGGUGCUAUGAUGGAAAUGUUUAUGAAAGACUCUAUGAAUGGGCUCAGAAAACACCAAUGAAUCAAAAACAGGUUCAUGAUUCUUAUUAUAAAUAUUUGCAACCUGUGAUGAAAUCCAAGUUAUAGUGUAAGAAAACAAAGACUGUAUUUUUGACUCUUUAUAUUUUCUACAAAUAUUUUAUACACAAGUUUUAUGUAACUUUUACAUGGGCAAUUACAACAUUUGGUGAUAAAGUAUUUUUCUUGGUAGAACUUAGUAUACUCUUCAGUACCUAUUUCAGUUUAUUUAUUUUGAAAUCAUUUGGAAUGUAUUUGAUUGAAACAAAAUGAAAAGUAUAAUUUUAUUUGAAUAUAUUAGCUUGAUAUAUUUGCAAAGGUAUCAAUGCUUGAAAAUCAUCAAAUAACUUAUUUUCAUGGUUCUCGAAUUACUACUGAUCUUUAUCUUCAAUCAUCAAUAAUCAAUACUAUAUCAGUAAAAAAAAUAUUUAAAAAAAAACUUAAACACCUUCAAAACAUUAUCAAAAGUAGACAAAUGACACAUUUCAGUAUACAUCAUUUUGUUAAAUUUCCUUAGAAAUCAGCAGAAUUGUACAAUUUAACAUUUCUAAGAAUUGCUGUGAUCUUGCAGAGAAGUGUGCCUUCACUUGUUUUAGUGUUUGUAAUUUCACUUGAUUUUACUUAAAGAAUACUUUUAACUAAUAGGAAAAUUAUUGAAAAAGGUUUCGAAACUGUUCAAUGAAGUGUUUUUCUCUGUUCAAUGAAUUAUCUGAGUGUUUCAUUUUGAAUUUUAGGAUGAAUUUGUACUUUAAAUAUUGUUUUCUUUUUUUAUGCUGUAGUGUCAAUUUUACACUGAUCUGAGUCAGAGUAGAGUUUUAUUUUUUCAGACUUUCACCCAAGACUGUUCUACUUAAUAAUUUCUAUCUAGUUAAGUCAAACUGAAAGCUAUUAUGAUGUGAUUAAUUUUUCUUUAGAUUAAAAAUGAUCCGUUGUAUCUUCUGGCUUUGCUCUGUGGCGUAACAUUAAGUGGCUCAAGACGGAAAUUUUACAAACAAAAAAAAACUGUGUGUCCCAAAUUUACUUUUAAGUAAAUAAAAUGGAAUUAUUUUCUCUUUAAUACAAUCAUAAAUUACAAAAAGGUAAUUUAUUUGACUUUUCCCAGUUUUAACUGAUUCAUUGCUAACUUUUAUCAAAGAUCAGUCUCAAACUUUUUUAAAAGAUAGAAAUUUUUCAACCCUGUUUGGUUAAAAAAGGCACAUUUAUUGUAAUUAAAAUCAUAUUUUAAAACUUUCUUUCUCAAUGCUUUCUGUUCAUAGUUGGUUUAUAAAUUUUAUAUGCACACAAAUGUACUAUUUUUAGUGAUUUUAAGUUUUGAUAACUUAAAGCAUUUUAAGCUGUCUAAUUUAAGUAUUUUUUCUCUCAUUACUUUCAACUAUCUUUUCCAAUUUGGGAUGUGAUAUAUCGUUCAUUAAUUGUAAGUCUGGGACUGAGUUUAAAUGCAGGAUAGUUAGAAGCUUUUUAUUUAUAACUGAUGAUAAUAAAUGUAGUAAUUAUCUCUCUAUAUAGAAAAAUAUUAAAAUGAAGUGAUUUUUUUAAUGCUGAAGUAUGAAGAUGUUAUACAUUCCAUGUAAAUAAAUUUUCACACAUAUUUUACAAUUUUCUGAUUGUGACUUCUGAUAAUGUAUUUUAUCAAAGAGCUCAUACAUUCGAUACGUUUUAUGCUGAGGAGCAUUUAUAUUAUUAAUGUUUUUUGUACUUUUAGUUAUACACCUAGAAAUCUUUUACAUAAUGUUGAUUAUCGUUAAAUGGGUGAAACAUAAUCGUUUUAUAAUCCUAAAUGAUCUACUUAGUUUUAAAACAUAAUGCAUAAGGGGAAUUUUAUAGGUUGAUUAUAUAGGUUGAUACCAGAGCUGCAUUUGCACAUAAAUAUGUAACCAUCACACGGACAAUUUCUUUUCUUUUUUUAAGAUUGCAUAAAAAGGAAUUUUUAACUUUAAAGAUAAGCUGUUUGUGAUAAAACAUUUCAAAUUCAACUGCAUCUGAGCAAUCAAAUAUUAAAUUUGUUAUAGGUCAGUUAUAUACAUAUUUUUAUACUGGUACAUACCGGUACUGGAAAAUUUACCAAUUCUCCCUGAUACAUGUAUAUUUCAUCAAGAAACUGCAAUCAAACUGUAAAAAGUGCAAUAUAAAGAUUUUUUUUUUCCAAUCUUUCAAAUUCAUAUUUUAUUUAUUUUAUACAGAUUUAUAGUGCUUGUAUAAGAUUUUGAAUAAA